AGAGAGACCUUUAUCAGCCUCGGUUGCUUUUCUCUCCCCGCCCCCACUUCUUUCUUUUCUCUCCCCCCCCCCCACCCUUUUUAAUAUUAUCAUUUAAAGGAGAGAUCGCGAACUCUGCAGCUUCUCAGGGACCCGAUCCUGAAGCCAGAGACUUCCAGAGGCCACAGCCUUCUGCAGAAGUGACUGAUGUAUUUUGCUGAGAUUCAGUGGGCCCUUCUGGACCCAUGCCAGAGACCUGUCUACAGGGACAUUGUGCAGGACAAUUAUGGGACUCUACUCUCACUAGAUGGAGGAACCAUGAACCCAAAUCCCCAGCCUGGAGGUGCAGAGGCUGCGCCGACACAGAAGCAGAUUCCAGGACGCCCUGAAGGCUCCCUUUACCCAGGCCAGAACCAGGCUGGGCAGCAAAGCGAGGAUCCGGGGAAAGGAUGGGCCAAGCCGCCUCUUCCUCCUCCGAUGCCGAAAGGCAACCCCAGUCUCCCGCCUCGGGUCUAUAUGGGGCCUGGCCCAAGCCUGUGUGUCCAGUGCGGGGAGAGCCUUGCCCAAACUCGGCAUAGCGUCGCCCAGCCCCAGAGAGCCCCCCACCCUGCCGAUAAGUUCUACCCGUGCUCCGAUUGCGGGAAAAGCUUCGGAGUGAGCUCCCACCUCACCAUCCACCGGAGAAUCCACACGGGUGAGAAGCCUUACGAGUGCAACGAAUGCGGGAAGAGGUUCAGCCAGAGCUCCACCCUCGUCCUCCACCGCCGCAUCCACACGGGGGAGAAGCCUUACAAGUGCGUGGAUUGCGGGAAGUGCUUCUCGGUGAGCUCUCACCUGACCAAGCACCAGAGGGUCCACACGGGGGAGAAGCCGUACGAGUGCCAAGCGUGCGGGAAAAGGUUCAGCCAGAGCUCCACCCUCAUCCUCCACCAGCGAAUCCACACCGGGGAGAGGCCUUACAAAUGCGACGAGUGCGGGAAGACCUUCAGCGUCAGCUCCCACCUCACCAUCCACCAGAGAAUCCAUACGGGGGAGAAACCCUAUCACUGCACGGAAUGUGGGAAGAGUUUCCGGCAAAGGUCCGGCCUCAGCACACACCAGAAAACCCACAUGGGCCAGAAACCCUACAUGUGUACCGAGUGCGGGAAAGGGUUCGGCCAAAGCUCGCACUUGAUGCGCCACCUGGGCACGCACUCGGGGGAGAAGCCAUACCGGUGCGCGGACUGCCCCAAGACCUUCACGCAGCUGUCGAACCUGCGGCAGCACCGGCGCAUGCACACCGGGGAGCGCCCCUACGCCUGUGACUGCUGCGGGAAGUGCUUCUCCUGGAGCUCCAACCUGGCACAGCACCGGCGCCUCCACACCGGCCAGAAGCCCUACGCUUGCGCCCAGUGCGGCAAGCGUUUCUGCGAGAGCGCCCGGCUCCUGGAGCACCAGCGCACCCACACGGGUGAGCGCCCCUACGCCUGCCUGCAGUGCCACAAGCGCUUCAGCCGCAGCUCCCACCUUGCCCGCCACCAGCGACUCCAUGCAUCUGUCCCAUGCGCAGAGGAGGAGCCUUUCCCUUGCAGCCAGGGCGCUGCGCUCCUCCGACGCCACCAUCGUGCCCACCACAACUAGAACAUAUGGUGCUAGAACACUGUGGCAGCAAUUAAAGGAUAUUCCUCGUCCGCCUUUAGCUCUGGAUCCCAGCAGCGACCUGGAAGAUGACCUCAAGCACAGCUUAGCUGCAUUGGCUGCAAUGGGAGCUCAGAUCUUACUAGGCUUCGGAGAAUCUAGAACAGGAAUGGGAAACUUGUGGCCUUGCAACUGUUGCUGGACUCCAUAGGUAUAGCCAGGGUUUAUGUUAUGGGGGUGGG